AGAAUCUUUGAUGAAACAUCGUCUGCUUCUUCGCAAGGCAAAUAUAUUGUUGUUCAUCUAAUUUACACAAUAUAAACGAUAAAGUGAAAUAGACGGUUAAUUUUUUCCUUGCAUUUCUUAUCAGUGACCUUUGAACUUACAUUUUAAACGAUUUGCAGAGGAAUUUCUACCUUCUAUCGCGGAUUCUUCUUGUGUAAAUAAAAAUAAGUAAUCUUAAGGCAAUUUAAUCUUAUAAUUGUUUAAUGUGUGUGUACAAUGCAUGUAUGAUCUGGGAUGAAUGAAGCCAAAGAUUGAUAAAGCAUUUUUAGAAUCUUAAGUUCCUUUGGGAUUUUCAAACAACGUCCGGAAUUGAGCAAGUUUUUUCAGAAAGGAAUCAAUUGAAUCUAAAGCAUGUUUUCGAGGAUACUUGAGGUAAAGCACUCCUUUAUCAGAACGACAAUUCCGAUAACAAAUCGGUCAAUGAGCACAAUAAAAGAAUUGGCUUUUGUUAACGGAAAAUGGAUCAGCGCAAAGAACAAAGCUACUUUUCCUGUUUAUAAUCCUGUUGAUGGCCAAAUAAUCGGUCAUGUUCCGGAAAUGGAUGCUUCCGAUACUCGAGAAGCAAUUGAUGCUGCUCACGAUUCUUUUCAAUCUUAUCGAAAAACGACUGCCAAGGAACGAAGUGACCUUUUGCGUUCUUGGUAUAAUUUAUUGGUGAAACAUUCUGAAGAUUUAGCCACCAUCUUAACCAAAGAAAACGGGAAAUCCUUGAACGAAUCCCGAGCAGAAAUUCGAUACGGAAAUUCGUUCAUUGAGUGGUAUGCCGAAGAAGCAAGGCGAGUCAACGGAGAAGUACUUCAGGCUCCCGUCCGCAAUCGAGAAAUGCUUUUGCUCAAACAACCCGUUGGAGUUGCAGGUUUCAUCACACCCUGGAAUUUCCCUCAAGCGAUGAUAGCUCGAAAAGCUGGACCAGCCUUGGCGGCUGGUUGCACUUGUGUCGUGAAACCCGCAGGAGACACUCCUUUCACGGCUCUAGCGAUGGCCGAAUUGGCUGAAAAGGCUGGUUUCCCACCUGGCACUAUCAACGUGAUAACCUCGAGUGUCACAAACUCCGUCGAAGUCGGCAAAGAAAUCUGCAGCAAUCCGAAAGUCCGGAUUCUCUCAUUCACCGGGUCGACUCAGGUCGGAAAAUUGCUCUACAAGCAAUGUGCCUCGACGAUGAAACGCCUGAGUCUCGAAUUGGGUGGAAAUGCACCCUACGUCGUUUUCAAUUCCGCUGAUCUUGACUUGGCGGUCGCUGGAGCAAUGGCUAGUAAAUUCCGCAACACUGGACAAACUUGCGUCUCGUCCAAUCGAUUUUUCGUCCAGGAGGGAGUAUUCGAGAAGUUCACGGAGAAAUUCUUGGAGAGGAUCAAUUCCGAAAUCAAACUGGGGGAUGGACUGAAGGAGGGAGUGACUAACGGGCCUCUGAUUAACGAAAAUCAGUUGCAGAUUGUGAAAGAUCUCGUGGAAGAUGCUGUUAAGAAGGGAGCGAAGCUCCACUGCGGCGGAAAAGUUCUCGAGAAUUUGGGGCCUCUUUUUUAUGCUCCUACAUUAUUGACGGACGUUACGAAGGAGAUGGAUAUUUACAAGAGGGAAAUCUUCGGACCGGUUGCUGUUAUUCAUAAAUUUAAGAGUGAAGAUGAUGCUCUGAGGGAAGCGAAUGAUGUGAAUGUUGGACUUGCUGGUUAUUUUUAUUCGAGGGACAUUUCCCAGGUCUUCAGGGUGGCGAGGAAAAUGGAGGUUGGCAUGGUUGGGGUUAAUGAAGGUUUAAUUUCUUGCGCUGAAGCUGCUUUUGGAGGCAUUAAAGAAUCUGGAUUGGGAAGAGAAGGUUCUAGUCACGGAAUGGAAGAAUACUUUGAUAUCAAGUACGUUUGUAUUGGAAACGUCGAAAAUUCAAAUUUUAUAAAUUAA